AUGGCUCAACGAAGCAUCAUUAAAGAUAUUGUCAUCACCCCUGUGGCCUUCCAUGAUAUGCCCCUGCUGAACAGCGUGGGUGUACAUGAGCCAUAUGCCUUACGCAGCAUCAUCGAGAUCAUCACAGAAGACUCAUAUGGUCUUGGUGAAUCAUAUGGAGAUUCAGCACAUCUAAACCGCUUGCAAAAAGCAGCCGAUAGUAUCAAAGGUCUUUCUAUCUACAGCACAAACGUCAUCUACCAAAACUGUGUUGAGUCGCUCAAGACAGACACCAAUACAGGUGGAGAUGGCAUGGGAGGCAUGGUGACCACCGCCUCAGUCGCCGACAAGGUCUUCUCGCCUUUCGAAGUCGCAUGUCUCGACUUACAAGGCAAAUUGGCUGGAAUAUCUGUCAGUGACCUUCUCGGUGGACGUGUGAGAGACCAAGUCCAAUACUCAGCCUACCUCUUCUACAAAUGGGGCGGUCAUCCUGGUCACGAAGAUGAUGAAUACGGCCCUGCUCUAGACCCGCAAGGAGUGGUGAAGCAGGCCAAGAAGAUCAUUGACGAGUAUGGCUUCAAGGCCAUCAAGCUCAAAGGGGGUGUCUUUCCUCCUGCAGAGGAAGUCGCCGCGAUCAAAGCUCUCCAUGAAGCCUUUCCUGAUCUGCCGCUGAGACUUGAUCCAAACGCUGCCUGGACUGUUGAGACUUCAAAAUGGGUUGCAAAAGAGCUUGACGGUAUUGUUGAGUACUUGGAAGAUCCAGCUGGGGAGAUUGAGGGAAUGGCUGCAGUUGCCAAGGAGGCAUCGAUGCCACUGGCUACCAACAUGGCAGUCGUUGCUUUCGAUCAUCUCCCACCAUCAAUUCUCCAAAACGCCGUACAAGUAAUUCUAUCAGAUCAUCACUUCUGGGGAGGCCUUCGCAAGUCACAAACGCUGGCAUCCAUCUGUGCGACUUGGGGUCUGCGCCUCUCAAUGCAUUCCAACAGUCACUUGGGUAUCUCACUCGCCGCCAUGACGCAUCUUGCCUCCGCAACUCCAAAUUUGGAUUAUGCUUGCGACACUCAUUGGCCUUGGAAGCGCCGAGAUGAAGACGUUGUUGUUGACGGCGCGUUGAAGUGGAAGGAUGGUGGUGUUGUAGUGCCGACAGUGCCAGGUCUGGGUGUUGAGCUAGACAGGGAGAGGUUGGCAAAGCUUCAUCAACAGUACCUGGACUGUGGGUUGAAGAAGCGUGAUGAUACUACAUACAUGAAGAGGUUUCAACCAGACUUCUCAGAGAAGAUCCCUCGAUGGUAG